AUCCACAUAUUACAAUGGCUUUUCUCUCCCAAAUACUUGUUCCUUCAUCUUCAUCUGUCAAAAUUUUCUCAAUCAUUGCAGUCAUUUUCCUCUCCCAUUAUGUUGCUGCAGUAACACCAGCCACAAAUAAAACAAAUAGAGCAGUUUUUACUUUCGGAGAUUCAACAAUGGACACGGGCAAUAAUGACUACAUCAUUUCUAUAGCCAAAAGCAAUUUCCCACCUUAUGGGAGAGACUUUGUGGGAGGAAAGCCUACUGGAAGAUUUAGCAAUGGAAAAGUCCCCUCAGAUUUUGUUGCUGAAAUAUUUGGAGUGAAGAAGAUUUUGCCGGCUUAUCUGGAUCCGAAAUUGCAGCUUCAAGACCUACUUACUGGUGUAUGUUUUGCCUCAGCAGGAUCAGGAUAUGACCCUCUCACUGCCAAAUUACUUUCUGUCUUGUCACUACCAGAUCAAUUAGACUUGUUUAAAAAAUACAAAAGCAAGAUAACUGCAGCAGUUGGGACUGAAAGAACAGCCACUAUACUGUCGAAAAGCAUUUCCUUUCUUUCCAUGGGAAGCAAUGACCUUGCAAUUAAUUAUUUUUCUACACCACUGAGGAGCCCUUACUAUGACAUUCCAGCUUAUACAGAUCUCAUGAUCGAAUCAGCUUCAAAUUUCUUGCAGGAACUUUAUGCACUGGGAGCAAGAGUACUGAUCGGAGUAUCAUGUAUACCACCAAUUGGGUGUUUGCCAGCACAGAGAACACUUAAUGGAGGUAUAAAGAGAGCGUGCUACAAAACCGGGAAUCAAGCAGCAAUCCUUUUCAACUCGAAGCUCUCCCACCUUAUAGAUUCCCUCAAUGAGAGACUUCCAGAAGCACACCUCAUGUACAUUGAUAACUACAGCCCUUUGCUUUCCCUGAUCCAAAACCCUGCUCAAUAUAGAUUUGAAGUGGUGGAUAAAGGAUGCUGUGGGACAGGAGAUCUUGAAUUUGGCCCUCUGUGUAACAAAGACACCCCGGGUACUUGUAACGAUGUGUCCAAGUACAUAUUCUGGGAUAGCUUUCAUCCUACAGAGAAGGCAUACAGGAUCCUCACCUCUAUUAGUUCAAAGGAAGUUAAGAUAUGAGGGUUUCAUCUCUGAAGAAUCACAUGACAGAUACCAAUAGAAAUAAAUUAUCCAUAAGGAUCUGUAUAUUUUCAUAUUAUUAAAGUUUCUAGCUCAUUGAUCUACUGUACUUAUCUUGCCAUUUAUUAUUGGAUGGGAAAAAAAAUAGCAAAGUGAAAUUAA